UUGGGUAAACUCUUUACUCUUUUCUCCAUUCCACUCCUCCGGCUUCGAGUUCGUCGUCUACACUUCUUCCCUCCCGCGAUGCCGAGAAGGGUUCUUUGCAAGUACUUUGCACAUGGAACAUGCCUAAAAGCAGAGUAUUGUGAAUUUUCACAUGAUUGGAGGGAUCGAUCCAAUAAAGCAUGUACCUUUUAUCAAAAAGGUCUCUGCAUCUAUGGUAGUAGGUGCAGGUAUAGCCAUGUUGGAGAUUCCUGUCAUGAAACAUCUGAUCCGGCAUCAUCAAUAUCUCACCAUGCAUCCAGUUCUUCGCAAGUUGCUUGUCCUUUUAGAGCUUCUUUGAGCAGAGAAACUACUCAAGCAUUUAGAAUUCCAUUGAAUUUACCAGCUUCAAGCCAAUCCCAUAUCCGUCCUUGUGAGCAUGCACAAACCCAGAAAGUUGGAGCUGAUACUUUCCUGAGUGAUGAGAGCAGCCAUGUUCACGCACGCAUCGGGCCAGGUAAAAGAGAAGAGCACUCAAUGAUCGGUCAAAAAAAGAACAAGCUCCUUGAAACUCUAAAGUAUAGUCAGGAGAUAGAAUGCAGUAUUUGCCUGGAGAUUGUUUUGUUUAAACCCACAGAUGCUGAACGGAAGUUUGGUAUGUUAUCCGAGUGUGAUCACCCAUUCUGCAUUUCAUGUAUUCGGAAUUGGCGUAGGAAUUCUCCAGCUUCUGGGAUUGAUUUGAACACUGCAUUAAGGGCCUGCCCAGUGUGCCGAAAGCAUUCAUACUUUGUUGUUCCCAGUGUCACUUGGUUCUCCACAAAGGAAGAAAAACAAGAGAUAAUUGAUACCUACAAAAACAAGCUCAAGUCGAUUGAUUGUAAAUACUAUGACUUUGGAAAUGGGACAUGUCCCUUUGGAACCAGUUGUUUCUACAAGCACAUUUACAAGCCAAGUACAAAUAGGCGAAACACAUGCAGACCUCACAGAUAUAGACCCCAUCCACACCGGCACGGACAAGUAAUGGAGGGAGCGGAGCUAGAAGACGUUGUAAACCAACUUGUCAUGGGGAAUGAGUUAGCCAAUCUUGCUGCUCUAUUAGAUAUCAACGAAGGGGAAUCUGAGGAUCUUGAUGAUGCGGAUCUUGGCAGUCUACUAGCGAGUUUUCUACUUAUGCAGAUGGAUGAUGAAGAUUCACAAAGCGAUGAUGAUAAUUAUCCAUGAUGUAAUCAAAGUUGUAAUACCAGGAUAUAUAAUUUGUGGAGUCUGGAUUAGGCUCUAAAAGUCCGAGUCUGAUGAGUUUCCUGUUAGCAUUUUAUUCAGGAACUGCAGCUCAAAACUAUAAUUCUCUAGCAUUUGUUAUGUUGUAUAUUUUCGGCACUCCUUACAUUUUGUUAUAUACUUGCUG